AUGAAGAGUAUCUACGUCGGCUCAUGGUUGGUCCCUGUCCUCCUUCUCGCCCUCUUCUUCGGGGUGGCCUCGAGUGGCGACCGGAAGGACUCCUCGUUAUCCAGAAGAAAGCGCUACGUGGUUUUCCCAGAAGGCUCGAGUUUUUCCGUCGCCUUCUGCAUGACCGUGCACACCCUGUCCCCGGACAACAUCUUCACGGAGGGCGUCAAUUGGGGCAUCUCCUAUGAUCUCCCGAACGAGAGCAAGGCCGCCCUGGAGCCUCUCCUGGAGUUCAAGUCCGACAAGAUCGAACCCCCGAAGGGGGGCCUCAAAAUUCCCCCAGGAUACGGGGGAUACUACUAUAAAAAUCACGACUUCAAGAACCCUUUCGACUAUCCCAGCUGGAAUAAGUGGAACAGUGAGGGGGCCAGCUGGAAGCACGGAGUACCCCCCGCGAAGAAGAGGUACACCAAGCACGAGUACUACUACAACCAGAGGAGGCACCGAAGGGAGUUGUACAACAAGCUAGAAGUCAUCAUGAACGCAAUGGGGUUCGACGGCAGAAGCUGCAUCCUCCGGGCGCUCUGCGAGGCCUCGCAGCGACUGAUGCCGAAAGGCAGCUCACUGGUGGAGGAGAUGAUGAGGAUCGCCUUCUCGCUACCUCUGAAGAGGGUGUUCUCCUUCGAGCCCUCCUCGCACCACGAGUACACCGGGGCCCAUAAAGCCGGCCAGGAGGGUCGGAACUGCGUCGCCAUGUUCCCGGGAUGCAGCUUCUCCCUGGUAGACAUGGCCCUCGGGAGGUACAACGCCCCGGACCGCCCCCCUCGCGAUCCGGAAACUUCGAAGGGGGUCACCGGAACUUCCGGCGGUAGCGAGACCGCGCCACCCCCGCGAUACAACAUGAAGUAGGAGAGGACGAGGCUCGACGAGGUUCCGCCGAGAAGCGUUUCAAGUUCGAGGCUGACUUCCUGCCCGGAUCGCUCACAAUGCGCCGCCACCCCCUCCCGCCCCCUCGGUGAAUAUUAAAAGUGUCUUUUCACUUGAAACCUCUUUCUCCUCAAAGUUCCGCGCGAUUUCUCGCUCGGCGAUGAAAACGCGCCGGUCCCACCUGGUACAGGGUCAUUCUUCGUUCGCGAGAUCCGCCACCCUCCGACCUGACCUACCCUGCAACCCCGACCUACCCUACCUCGGUGGCGGCGCGGACUCGUUUCAGCUCCUCCGCGAUUUCGCGCCCUCCCACCCCCACCUACCCCCCGCGGAACGAGUCCUUCCCCCCUGCCAUUCGGGAUGCCGUUUUCCCGGACUUCAAAAGAGACUGCCCUGCUCUUUGCGACGCCACCCCGCGAGAUCUUUUUAGGUGAAACGAGGCUUGUUUAAUUUAUAGACCACGCGAGUGCCUCUGCACGGC